GUAACAGUCCUCCUUGUGAGUGUGUUCGCGUGUGUGAACCGGUGUUGAUAUAAAAACAGUUCGCAUGUUUUCUAUUUACAAAAACAAUAUUUUUAUAACUAAAUCGCCGACAAGAAUAAGAAUGUUUUAAAAAAAUAAUCAAAAAAAGAUCAAAAGUGAGUUUUGAAAUCUCCGAUAGUUUUAAUAGUCAAAACAAAUAUGAACCCUUCCGAACCAAACAGUGCUGAAACCUUAAGUUCAAAAAUGAAGGAUGUUAUUGACGUUCUCGCCAUGCAGAGGGAGAAAAGAAACACUUUACAAAAAAGUAUCACCAUCGAUUAUAGUGGUGCGAAUGAUACUUUUACUGUUUCUAGAUUCAUUUUCGAGUGCGGAUACAAAUUAGAAGCUCAUCCGUUGACGAUAGCUACAGCUGCAAUUUUAUAUCAUAGAUUUAUAAGAGAAGCUUCUUCAAGUGGUUAUGAUAACUACUUGAUUGCUUCAACGUGCCUUUACCUUGGCGGUAAGGUGAAAGACGAUUCAUUAAAAAUUCGAGACGUAAUGAACGUUGCCUACAAUACUUUACAUAGAGGCUCGCAGCCACUCGAACUUGGAGAUCAGUAUUGGAGUAUGCGGGACGCAAUUGUUCAAGCUGAACUUCUCAUAAUGCGCAUGUUAAAAUUUCAAGUCAGCCCCGAUCAUCCGCACAGAUACUUGCUGCAUUAUUUAAGAUCUCUGCAAGCUUGGUUCGGCGAGGAGGAAUGGUCCAAAUAUCCUGUAGCUAAAACCAGCAUGUCACUGCUGCAAGAUUUCCAUCAUUCACCCUCUGUACUUGAUUAUCCUCCAAAUCUCACUGCCAUUGCUUGCAUUAAUCUUUCGUUACAAAUUUACGGAGUUGUCGUUCCUCUAAUGGAUGAAUGCGAUCAACAGCCAUGGUUCAACGUUUUCUGCAAGGACUUAACGAGGGACAAACUUUGGGAAAUAAUGGAAAAAAUUAUGGCCGCUUAUGACGAGGAACCGGAAACAAGGGACAACUAACAAAAGUAUUCAGACCAUUCUACCAAGAAUGGUGAAUAGAUUUUUUAAAGAAUUAAUCUAAAUCACUUCUCUUUUUGUACUCUACAUUUCUUCUCAAUUUUUUCACUUUGUUUUUUGUUCUCAAUUCUUCUACUUUCCUUUUUUAUAUUUCGAAAAUAUAAUUAUUAACUGUAAGGAACAUUCCUUGACCGCUCAAGUCAAUGUAAAGUAUUAUUUAUAGCAAUAAAGUGGUCAAUGAAAGAAAAUUACAAAAAGAGUA